GACGCUAUUAUAAAUACCCUGAAAGUUCGAAACCCAAAUUCAAUAUCAAUCUCCAUUCUUAAAGCAAGCACUGCAGCUAGCUUUAUAUACAUAUAAAUACAUACAUAUAUAAUAUAUAUAUAAAUAUGGAGAAUAUUAAUGUGAAAUAUGUGGCCGUAAUAAUGAUUUGGUUGGUGGUGAAUACGGGAGGUCCGGCAUCUGCAGCGAUCACGUGCGGCAGUGUUCUAACAAGCAUAUCGCCGUGCAUUAGCUACGUCCAAAGAGGAGGUGUAGUGCCGACUUCAUGCUGCGAUGGUGUCAAAGCACUAAACGACAAAACAAGGGCAACACCUGACCUACAGGCGGCGUGCACGUGUCUCAAAGCACUUAUUCCCAGCGUUGGUGCCAACGCCGCUUUGGUUAACGGCCUUCCCGCCAAAUGCCACGUCGACUUGCCCUACCAGUACUCCCCAUCACUCGACUGUUCCAAGUUGACCCGUUGAUUAAUUGAUGCCAUUUUCCAAGAUAAGAAGAAUCAAGUAUAAUAAAGAAUAAAUUAAAGAGUUAUGAAUAAGAUUUAGAGUUUCUUCAUUGGGUUUGUCAUGCUGCUCAAAUCUCGAUUUGGCAAAUGGUCACCACUAUAUAUUCGUAUUUAUUAAUUGCAUUUAUGUACACGUACUAUGUUAAUCAAUGUGAUCGCCUCCCUUUGCAGUGUUUGUAAAAUAAAUAAGAAUCUGUAAUUGUGACAAAUAUAAAAUCAGAUAUUAUGUUAAUCAAUAUAUAGUUUGACUAAGA